AUGGUGGGCGUUCGUCCACGCAGCCCCAGUGCCUGCUCUGCGUCCUGGUGGGGACCACAGCCUGGAGGACCUGGCCUUGCCAAGCGCCGCCGACUAGACGACCCUGCAGAACCCGCAGAGGCCCCGGCCGCACCCACCCUGCAAGACUCCGAUGGAGCAGCCAAUGCCACCGCGCUCACCUCAAUGGUGGUUCUGGCCACGGGCUGCGCCUUACACGUACCCCUAGACGACGUCGACCUGGUGCUAGAGCCUGAGCCAACCUCGAUCUUGCAAGUGAAUCUCCAAGGACACAACCUCAUUCUGAUCCCUGAGGGCCUCCUGGGAGCCACCGACCAACGCCCAGGAAGCCAGGGAGACUGUCCUGAAGUCCAGGAACUGGGCGCCUUCCUGAGACCCCUCGGUGAGAACAUGGUCAUCCAGCAGGGAUUCUUCUGCGAAUUUAUCCCAGAGAGCAUCAGACAAAUAGAGGCCUUCCAAGAAGACGCCCUGGAGGAAGAGUUCGUGGAGCAAUGGAUGGACCCUCCAGCCGGCCAGCAGGGGCCCAUCCCAUAUCUCCCUGCUUGGGCCCCCAGCCCUAGUCCAGUGAGGCGCUCUUCUAAUCCCGCCUACGACGUGGAUUUCCACCUUAUGAGGCCCUUCCCCACCUCACCGCUGCAACCUCUACCUCCCUCUCCAAGUUCAAGUCCCCAGGCGCCUCCACAGCGCUCUCCAGGCCCUAGGAGCAAAGCCUGCAGACGUCUGUUCUAG